AUGCUUUAUUUUCUUAUUAACAUUGUUGCAUCUUUUAAUAGUUCUACCGAUGAAUAUGCUCUUCUAGCCUUUCGAUCUCAAGUAACUCUUGAUCCAAACAAAAUCCUGGCAAAAAAUUGGUCGCAAGGAACCUCGUUCUGCAAUUGGAUUGGCAUAAGUUGUGGUAAGAGACAUCAAAGAGUUAGAGGCUUGAAUCUUACAGAUAUGGGUCUAGGAGGUACUAUUGCUAAAGAAAUUGGCGAACUCUCUUUUCUGAGAUCCUUGAUUAUUAGCAAUAAUAAUUUCCACGGAUUUAUCCCUGACGAAAUUGGUAAUUUAAGCCAGCUUCGGGAAAUAGAGAUGCAGGAAAAUGAGCUCAAUGGUCAUAUUCCAACAAGUCUUGGAUUUCUUGAAAAUCUACGGAAAUUAAAUCUCUCCUAUAACAAACUUAGCGAGGAUAUUCCAAACAGGAUUUUCAACCUCUCUUCUCUUAUUGAAAUUAGUUUUAGUAACAACAGUCUCUCAGGAAAUCUACCUAUGGAUAUUUGCUACAAUCUUCCUAAGCUAGAGAGACUAAGGGUUUCCUGGAAUCAAUUAAGUGGCAACAUUCCUCCAAGAUUAGGAACAUGUGUGAAUCUUAAAAUACUAACUCUGUCGUCGAAUAACUUUGCUGGAAGCAUUCCAAUGGAAAUCGGGAAUUUGUCCAAGCUUCAAGUUCUCUCUCUUGGAGGAAAUUAUCUGACAGGAUCUAUUCCAAAUGAAAUUGGAAACCUAUCAGCACUUGUUCGGUUAGAUUUGAGGAGCAACAGUUUUGGUGGUACGUAA